CGCGCGGACCAAGAUGGCGGCGCCCGCGCCCGCGUGAGACCCGCCCGGACUGUGGGCCCGAUGGCGGCGGCGGCGGCGGAGGGCUCGGCGCGGACGGUGCUGGUGCGCGGCCUGCCCGCCUCGGCCCGCGGCCCGGACCUCGAGCGCGAGUUCGGGCAGGCGGGGCCGGUGCGGCGGGCGGUGGCCGUCACGAAACCCGGUGGCGAGUCCUGUCGUGGUUUUGGGUUUGUCACCUUCUCCUUGGCUGAGGAUGCUCAGAGAGCCAUCCAAGAGAUCACCACCUUUGCAGGCCGGAAGAUCAGCGUAACUCUCGCAAAGCCAAAGGCAAGGCGAAAAGAGAAAAAAGAUGAUGCAGCAGAGGCGCCUGGGAAAGGGGAGAAGCCGACAAAGGCAAAACGGACCUCCCGAAAGGCCCGCCUGAUCAUUCGCAACCUAAGCUUUAAGUGCUCAGAGGAAGACCUGAAGGCAGCGUUUGCACCGUUUGGCACCAUUGUAGAGGUGUCUCUCCCCAGGAAGCCAGAUGGGAAAAUGCGCGGCUUUGCUUUUGUGCAGUUCAGGAACAUCCUGGAAGCAGGGAAGGCCCUGAAGGGAAUGAACCUGAAGGAGAUUAAGGAACGCCCCGUGGCUGUAGACUGGGCCGUGGCCAGAGAGAAGUACCAAGCGGCGCAGGCUGUAGUGUUGCCUCCUGGGCUGCCCAAGAAACGACUCAGCGAGGCUGUGCAGGAGGACACAGACAGCUACAAGGAGGACAACAGCAGCACAGAAGAUGAGGGAGAAGGAGAAGAAAGACCGGGGGCAGCCGAUCCCGUGGGGCAGGGCAGGUACUUUGAAUGCCAAACCCCCCCUGUGGAGAGUGAGGAGGAAGAGCCCGCAAGCGGGGCAGAGAGCGCUCAGCAGGAGGAGGAGGAGCCCAGCCCUGCAGGGAGCUCCGAUGGAGAGGCAGGGGACAGCGAGGAGGAGGAGGAGGAGGAAGGUGAUGAUGACGACUCUGAGGAGCGAGGGAAAGGCGCCGAUGCCCCCUCAAAGCAGGCAAAGAGACGGCAGCUCCCAUCAGACGUUUCGGAAGGAAGAACCGUCUUCAUCAGGAAUCUGUCCUUUGAUACUGAGGAGGAGGAGCUGGGUGAACUGCUGGAGCAGUUUGGAGAUCUGAAGUACGUGCGGGUUGUGCUGCAUCCAGACACGGAGCACUCCAAAGGCUGUGCCUUUGCCCAGUUCCUGACACAGGAGGCGGCCCAGAAGUGUCUUCACGUGGCUCAGGGUGGAAGUGAGGGUGGAGGGCUGCGUCUCGGGGGCCGCCACCUCCGGGUGGACCUUGCAGUUAGCCGUGAGGAGGCCCAGCAACUACGAAGCAAAGCGGCAAAGAAACCCACAGGCACCCGGAAUCUCUACCUGGCACGUGAAGGCUUGAUCCGUGCAGGCACCAAAGCUGCUGAAGGUGUGAGCCCAGCCGACUUAGCCAAGAGAGCACGGUUUGAGGAGCUGAAGGCCCAGAAGCUGAAGGAUCAGAACAUCUUCGUCUCUCGCACGCGGCUCUGUGUGCACAAUCUGCCCAAGAGUGUUGAUGAUGCCCGGCUCCGGAGGCUGAUGCUGCAUGCCGCAGGUGGACCGCCCAGCGUGCGGAUCAAGGAGUGUCGGGUGAUGCGGGACCGGAAGGCACCUGCUGGGAAGGGUCAGGGCCAGUCCCUGGGCUAUGCCUUCGUGGAGUUCCAGGAGCACCAGCAGGCACUGGCCGCCCUGCGCCAGGUCAACAACAACCCCCAGAUCUUUGGGGACCAAAAGAGGCCCAUUGUGGAGUUCUCCCUUGAGGAUCGACGGAAGCUGAAGCUGAAGGAGCAGCGAGCUCAACGCAGCCUGCAACAACUGAGGCAGAAGCAGGCUGCUGAGGGGCCAAAGGCUGCCUCUGCCGUGGCGGCCCCCCCUGUCAAGGGGGACAAGGGACAGCAGCCGCCCUCGGAGCCAAGAGCAGGGGCGCCCCAGACCUGGCCCAGGAAGCCUGCCGAGGGGCGCGGGGGCACCCCAGGCCCACCCCAGCAGCCGGCAGGAGGGUCCGGUCCCUGGUCCGGUUUCCAGACUCAGACAGAGGUGGAGUACGUGGAGCUGCCGGGGGGCAAGAAGCGCCGCAAGGUCCUGGCUCUGCCUUCUCACCGCGGACCCAAGAUCAGAAAGCGUGAUACGGGCAAAGCGAAGCUGCCCACUGCCAAAAAGCUGACGGCUCCAAGCAUCCCCCAGAGGCAGGAGAAGCGCCACAAGGUGCCCAGGCAGGUGCCCAAGAAGCAACGGCAGGCAAGAGGGAGCCGCGGCGAGGCCCACUUUGAGCAGCUGGUGGAGCAAUACAAGCGCAAGAUCCUGGGCACCAGCAAGAGUUCGCUGCCAGCCAAGAGGGGCAAAUGGUUUGAGAGCUGAGAGGCUCUGCAGAAGUGGGCAGGCUUUCCUUCGUUAUUCCUCUCAAGCGCGCAGUGCCACAAGGACUCGGUGGUGCUGCAGAGACUGCCGGGCUUGUCCCUAAACAAGACGUCUUUUAUUUAAAUAUACAUACCUCUAUUUUA